ACGUUCUUGCCCUUACGGUAAAUAUAGAAUAUUUAUUUUCUCAAAAAUAUGAAUAAGUGUACCGGUAUUUCGAAAUACCUUUAUUUUAAUAAAGCUUUCAAUCAAAAGUUCAAUCCAAAAGUGUUCAUCCAGCAUAAAAUACAAGACCAUUUGCAAUGCAUAGUGAGCCCAUCUGACUUUGAUUGCGGAAAAAAUAGUAGAAAAAAUAGUGUGAGCUUUAUUUUUUCGAAAAACGUGAAACAAGAAAGAAAUAGAGACAUGUUUGUUUACAAAGCUCCUAAAUUGGGAGCUUGCGCUUUUUUGAGAAUACCUUCAGCGAACUAUAGCAUUUGCAAGAAUGCAGAAGAAAAGAAAGAAGGAAGUAAAGCGGGUAAAACUGGCAAACCUCCGACAGCUGCCGGUGCGGGGGCGCAGGGGAGGAUUAUUGCAGUUAUUGGUGCCGUGGUGGAUGUAAAGUUCGACAAGCAUCUGCCUCCAAUCCUAAAUGCGCUUGAAGUCCCAGGACGAACGCCUCGUCUGAUCCUCGAGGUGGCCCAGCAUCUAGGUGAGAACACCUGCCGUACUAUCGCAAUGGACGGCACUGAAGGACUGGUGCGCGGACAACCCAUAGUGGACACUGGAGCUCCCAUCACCAUACCUGUUGGUGAACCCACUCUGGGGAGAAUCAUGAAUGUUAUUGGCGAGCCUAUUGAUGAACGAGGACCCAUCGAAACUGAUCAGUUUGCGUCGAUUCAUGCAGACGCUCCACCAUUUGUGGAGAUGUCCGUGGAACAGGAGAUUCUGGUCACUGGCAUCAAAGUUGUGGACCUUCUUGCUCCUUAUGUCAAGGGUGGUAAAAUCGGUCUAUUCGGUGGCGCUGGCGUCGGCAAAACUGUUCUCAUCAUGGAGCUGAUCAACAAUGUAGCUAAAGCUCAUGGAGGCUUCUCUGUGUUCGCUGGUGUCGGAGAGCGGACGCGUGAAGGAAACGAUUUGUACAAUGAGAUGAAGGUGGGAGGAGUUAUCAAAGAUGACUACAAGUCCUCCAAGGUGGCGCUAGUAUACGGUCAAAUGAAUGAGCCACCGGGUGCCAGAGCCAGAGUAGCACUCACAGGGCUGACGGUGGCUGAGCAUUUCCGUGAUAAAGAGGGUCAGGACGUGCUGCUAUUCAUUGACAACAUCUUCCGUUUCACUCAGGCAGGCUCCGAGGUGUCAGCCCUCUUAGGUCGUAUUCCGUCAGCUGUGGGCUAUCAACCGACCUUGGCCACUGAUAUGGGAACCAUGCAAGAGCGCAUCACUACCACCACUUCUGGAUCCAUCACCAGCGUUCAGGCGGUAUACGUGCCAGCAGACGACCUUACAGACCCGGCGCCAGCAACAACGUUCGCGCAUUUAGACGCCACCACGGUGCUGUCUCGAGCCAUCGCGGAACUGGGCGUGUAUCCCGCAGUGGACCCCCUGGACUCGACCUCAAGGGUCAUGGACCCCAACAUCAUAGGCGCUGAACAUUAUGGGGUGGCGCGAGGGGUUCAGAAGAUUCUGCAGGAUUACAAGUCUCUGCAGGACAUAAUAGCUAUCCUGGGCAUGGACGAGCUGUCAGAAGAUGACAAGUUGACAGUCGCUCGCGCUAGGAAGAUCCAGCGGUUUCUAUCGCAACCGUUCCAGGUGGCGGAAGUGUUCACUGGACAUGUUGGAAAAAUGGUGAAACUGGAGGAAACUAUCAAAGGUUUCAAAAGAAUCUUGGCUGGCGAGCUAGACCACAUUCCAGAAGCAGCCUUCUACAUGGUCGGCACCAUAGAAGAUGUCAUCGCAAAGGCCCAAACUCUCGCGAAGAGCAUUUAAAUUUUACCUUUUCUCCUUUCGUCCUUGUUUUAUUUUAAAUGCACUUACCUAGGUACUUAAAUUAUAAACGUGAAAUAAUU